CUCUCUCUCUCUCUCUCUCUACCAGCGAGGAGAAAUGUAACUUUAUCUGACCCAAAUCGCUGCCAUUUUUGUGGGUUACGUCCAGAGAUGCAAUAAUUCAGCAAAAGAAAAACGUCACCAGAGCGAGGAGGAAGAAGAGACGAGUGAUGGGGUACGUGGCAAUAUCCGUGUCCAAGGACACAGCUCUCUCAGCAGAGCACGCCAGUCCGAGCUGCCAGGAAAAGAUAUACCAAGAAGUAUUCACCAAUAAAACCAGGUUGCGCAAUCUGGUGAAUCUAAAUCUAAAGCUGCCAAAUUGGAAUUUCGUCGAUGGCAUCUCCGUACAAGAAGGGCACUUUGUAGUUUUAUGCUAGAGGAUUGGAUGUCACAGGCAGGCCAUGGGACCUGCCAAAAGCCUGCCUGGAAUAUCUCGCGGCUACUUGCCCACAAUGUGCUACGCCUGGCAUUAGAUCAGGUAGGCUCUGAUGCUACGCCAAGGCUAUUAUACCUCAGGUCCUCCCCUCCCCUCCCCUCUUCAUCUCGCAGUUGGAGCCUGUGACCAUCCAUGCUCGCUCUUCACGAAUUAGCCUUUUUCACCCUGAGAUGAGACGAGACGAGACAGCUGACCACAAUACCAUCUGUUCGGAAGAGAUUAGCGCAGCACUUAAAGCCACUGUAAGAUCUCAAAGUACCCUCGUGAUCAAUAUCUCCUCCUCAGCUUUAGGAUGGAAAAGUUUUCUGUCUCUCCCCGGAAUAAUCAUCACCUCGCUCGUCAUUUUGGAUCGAAGCUUUACACCGUCUGAGAAAAAUUGCGUCUCUCCCGGAGGAGGAAAGAGGCCUCGCCAGACAUGAAGAGAUUAGUCUGGAGGAGGAAAAAUGAAGAAGAGCAAUGAAACAACCAGCAGGUGAUUUGAGGCAUAUUCAUCGGUCAUAAAUCACCUCGAAUUCAGUUGAUUUUCGGUUAACUUAGGGAGCGAGCGACCAUCUUCUUUGUAAACCUCAUAUUCAAUUAUUGACUCAAGAUCGCUUCGUGGGCUGCGAAAGAAAGUCGAUGAGUUUCAUGGCACCAACGACGUGGUGAUAAUGAGAUUCCACAUCACCGCAAAAAGUGUGGCAUGUGCAGCGGACAAGGAACGCAUCCACACAUGCCUAGCCGAAUGCUGCCCUGCCCUGCCUGCCUGCCCUGCGGUUGUGAAUGUGUCAAAACUCUCGCGAAUCCUCGGAAUUCGGAGUCCAGCCUUAUCACCAACCACCUGAUCUUUGUUCAUAACAGAAAUCCUCUUGACGUCUACAGACAUCACUCCCAUGUCCUCGGGUGCAAUACGAUGAUGCCCUCUUAAGCUCAAAUAGCGAUUACUCUGUAUUUCAGCGACCGAAAUCAUACGUUUAUAGGAAAACCCUUGCUCCUGGCAAUUUCAUUGCAUGUACGAGCAUACUCCAAGAAAUACCCCGAGGACGAGAAUUCCUCCUUCCUUCAACAGCUCUUACGAGCUAUUUUACCAUGGAUUUGGUGCUGAUCUUUUAGAUCAUGUAGUUUGACUGGACCGGGAGUAGUGGAGAGGCCAUUUUCAUUCUCCUUUCUUUUGACAUGAGCGAUGCUGAGGAAGCUUGAGCAGAAAGGCAUGGAAGAGUUAUUUCACAGCAAAAUCACCUUCGGGACCACAUUCACUUACUGCCCAGCAGUCAGAAUGGAAGACUCCUUGGCCAUCAGAGCUGGAGGCUGGCUGGAGACCCGACGUCGGCAUGUUUGUGUCGUGCAUUGCUGAGAAUGAGCUUGCUCCGUACUGACUUUGAAGAGGUCGAUUUGCUAGGUACACCACACCACACCACACAUCACAUCAAGCGCAAGUCAAAAGGAAAGCGAGAUAAAGGGGCACUGCUUGACGGAAGCUUGAAAUAUUGCUUUGAUAACGAAGACAGUAAGUACAGAGAUGUCGACUUCGAUGGAACGAGAAGAUUAGCCUCAUAUAGGCACACCUUCACCACCACCACCACCAGUGUGACACAGUACCUUCUGUCCCACCCAUUAACCCCGCAGACCGACAUAACCCCUUGGAUUCAACCAUACUCUGUACAGACAUCGUACUGAAGGAAUUACAAUGCAGAGGCUAUAAAGAGUUUUAUCCUCAGAAAAAAGUUUUCAGCGUCAGGAGUAUAAAUCCUCCAAGAAGGACGCUCGUAUACAUACAGAGGAUCGAUCGGUGUUUUGACUGGACGAUGAACAGGUGUGCAAAUCUACCUCAGUACAGACUGUAUUGUGAUUUGGUAGGGGCUGGCCUCAUCUACCCACAAAGUGUCGAUGAGCCCACACUACCUUCAGUCCACCUUCUCAGCGUUCCCCGAGUACCUCUGACUCGAGCCCGGCAGGUGCUGAGGAAGGACGAGCGAGUCGGCGGUUCAUUUUUGUACGGAGUUCUAUGUAGAGGAUUAUUGCAUGAGUGUUACUGCUCAUAGUGCAUUAGAGCAUGGUCGGGACUAGUAGCAGCCUAUGAAUAAUAAUUCAUGGAAGACAAUAUGAGCAUCUUGCACUGCUGCUAAUGAUUCAAUCCCAACGACAUCCUUACGAACUAUUAUUAUCGAAAUCCAAAUAUCAAAAGUUUAUGGCCCACAUUGAGCUGGUGAGUUCGAAAAUAUGAUCAAGCUUCACACUGUUUAUUAUCGAAAAUGGACAUAUC